GCAAGGCUAGGGGGAAGGGCACAGGCAGGACGGUGUGUGUGCCUGCUUGCAUGUUUCACUCCCUCACUGCAGAUUUAACACUUAGCACAGUAAAAAGACUUUCAAAUCCAGCCACUAAAGAUCCUGCAAGCACAGCCAGCACAGGCCAAGAGAAACCAUUUCAAACAUGGCAGCAGAGGACGGUUUCAGCUACCUCAUUGCAGGUCACAGUGAGAAACACAGACGGGCCCCGAACUGGACCGAUGGGGAAAUGAAAGCUCUCCUGUACGUGUGGGAGGAACACCACAACGAACUGAAAAUGAGCAAGAGGAACGCCAAGGUUUACGAGAAGAUGUCCCAGAGGUUUUUCCAGCUGACCGGGGAGCAGCGUUUCAAAGAGGAGAUCAAGAUGAAAAUCACCAACAUGUCAUUUCAGUACAGGCGACUGAAAACCAUAGCAGGUGAAAGCGGGGAAACACCAGAAUGGCCGUAUUACAAGGCCAUCGAGAAGAUCCUCUCCAAGCCGCUGGAGAACGGACGAGUCAACACUUUGGAGUAUCAGGCCUCUGCUGCAGGUCCCUCCACCUCCUCCCAGUCCACAGACAACCUGGUGCCCCAGCCAGAGGAGGGGAUCAUGGGUUUCCUGCCAGAGUACACAGGCUCCUCAGAUGAGAUGGAGAUAAAACAAGAGCUGGACUCUUUGAGCUCUGACAGUGAGCACACACAGGGCUCCAGCUCUCACCCUACUUCAGCCAGGAAAAGACAUGCCAACAAGCAGCUCUCCAUCAAGAGAAAGAAACUGCGAUUGAUGCAGGCCAUGUUGCACCAACAAAAGAGGUCAAGCCGAGCCAUAGAAGAGACGUGCAGGGAGGUCCGUCGAGCAUUGCACCAACAGAACGUCCUCCAGGUCCAGUGUCUGCAGCUGCAGGAGCGUAUGAUGAACCUUCUGGAGAAGAUGAUCCAGCCUCCCACCACCACGCCAGCAUCAUGGGGUCAGAGUGGGGCCAAAGACAUAAUGAAUCCAUGAAGUGUAGAAGUUAUCUGGAAGAGAUCAUGGUCUUGCCUCACCUAUAGCCCCUUUGAAGCAAGAAUACAAUACAUUAUUUUGGAUUUCCGUUCGACAUGAACAUUUUGUAAUCCUUAAAGUGCAGAGAUGACAUAGAGAGGUGCAAAAAAUGCUGUAACAGUCUUAGAAGGUGUCAUCAGUCUAAAUGUCAUUAAUGGAAGACAACCAUGUUAAUAACAAUAACAACGUAUGUGGGCACUUAAGCAUCAUCCGUCAGUGGGCUCCAAUGUGAGCUUUCAUUGUUGAGAUAGCUGUUACAGAUCGUGUGUUUUGCUAGUUUGUCAAGUACCCUAUUAAAAUCACUGUGGGAACAACAGCCUUGCAAAAAAAAAAAACCAACUUAUCCUGUCACUUAAUUUCUUCAACGCUAAAGGAUAAUUACAAGUUGGGGACGUUUGAUGCCAAAACAGGACAAUUUGUAGCAUUAUGAGCCAGAAGCUAAGGCAAUAAUCUCCGCUGUUAUUGAAGUGAUUGGAGGGAAUCUGUCAGCAAAUUGCAGCGUAGCCAAUAAAAAAUGCAGCGCUUAACAGCUCAAUAGCAGCAGUAUGGAAAAAAACAUGCUCGUCUACCAUCUCCUGCAUAUGAGACAAAUUGCUUCUUACCUUGAUUUUUUAAUACUGAUGUAUCUGUAUAAGAUGUAUCUGAAGGUACAUUUCUUGCUUUCAACUGGUGAAUCUUAUUAAGAUGCAAUAAAUAAAAUCAGACAAAUCUUGAAUCCACUGGGGCACAUACAGUCCAUGCACCCCACUGACUCAUUGUUCUAUUCAUAUCCUGCAACUUCAUAUAGUGCGUCACUGUGAUCACACAGAUAGACUCUCUGCCUGCCUUGCACAUAAAUUGGACUGACAAAAGACAAACAAAUUGCAUAUUUAAUCAUAGGUGGUUUUAUGCUUUUAGGAUUAGAUAUGACAGAAAUAGAAAAACUUCUUUUCCUGAAAUUUCAAUACUUUAAUAUGCAAUGGUGUCCUGUUCCUAUUUGCAUUUCUGCUGA